AAAUGAAAAUUUUACUCUCAAACAUCUGUUUAUUUAUUUUGAGAAUUUGCUAGCUCUCAGUAUUUUAAAAAUGGACAGCAAUCUACCGAAAUCUGCAGAAAAACGUACGAUCCACGAGGUUUCAACAGAUGAUGCUAAAAUGGAAACCGAUAAUGCGCUGGCGACCAACACAGCGAACACAAGCGGGCCGAAAAGAAAGAAAAUCAAGAAGCACAAGAACGAUAUUGAUAAAAGCCCUUUGAUGUUGUUUAAUGAAACUUUUCCAGCGACAGAGUUCAUUUUGGAAAGUUCAAGUGGUCCUAGCCAUGAUCCAGAGUUUGUAAUGUCUGUUUCAUUAGAUGGUGUGAAGUACGAAGGUCGGGCGAGAUCUAAGAAAGAUGCCAAACAGAAAGUAGCUGAGAGUAUACUACGAAGUAAGAGUUUAUGGCCGGUUCAACACGGCUUGGAAAACGUAGACCAGGAAAAUGUAGAUGGAAUGAUUCUGUCCUCAACUGCUGAUCAGGUGAAGAAACCGACCCGGGAAGCAAUGAUAGUGCAAGCCGUCACUGAAGGAAGAAAUGCAGUGUCUGUUGUCAAUCAGUAUCAUCCAGAGGCUAAGUUCACAAUUGUUGGUGAGGUUGGCAAAUCUCAUAGUAAAGUCUUUACCAGCGAGCUGACUUUAAAUGAUAAAACAUACCUUGGAAAUGGCAGUAAUAAAAAAGCUGCAAAUAUUUGUGCAGCAGCUAGAGCUCUGUUUCAGCUUUAUGGUGUCAUUCAUUGCACAAACAAUGAAGAUGUCUCUGCACCUACUGACCUACAGUUCCUUGUACCACAACCGCUUGCAGAUAAAAUUGGAGAAAUGGUUCUUCAAAAGUUGGCACAGCUGUCUGAGUCAAAUGAUACACCAAACCUGAGGCGUAAAGUUUUAGCUGGAAUUGUGAAGACGGUUCAAAAAGGUGAAGAAGUUGUUGAGAUGGAUGUGAUUAGUCUUGGUACCGGAACCAAGUGCAUUUCUGGUGGGAACAUUAGCAAUUCAGGCCUUGCACUGAAUGAUUGUCAUGGAGAGGUGAUUGCUAGACGUGGAUUCUGCCACUAUCUUUAUGAGCAGCUAGAUUUGGCUCUAAAAGGAAAGGUAAAGGUGUCUUGCUUUACAAAGAAAAAGAGUGGUCUGUAUGCUCUCAAAGAUGGUGUUGCAUUCCAUCUUUACAUCAGCACUUCACCAUGUGGAGAUGGCAGAAUAUUUUCACCCAAAGAGAAAAUAGUUGAUGAGCCAGAUGAUCGACACCCUCAGCGGAAGACAAGGGGGUUACUCAGAACCAAAAUUGAAAAUGGGGAGGGUACAGUGCCGGUUCGUGUUGGAGGCGUAUUGCAGACAUGGGACGGAGUACUUAUGGGUGAACGACUUCUCACUAUGUCUUGCAGUGACAAAAUUGCCAAGUGGAAUGUUGUAGGCCUCCAAGGCGCUUUGCUUAGCCAUUUCAUUGAGCCCAUCUACCUCACAUCAGUUGUUCUCGGUAGUUUAUACAACUUCCACCAUCUUACUCGUGCAUUGUACAAGCGUUUGGGUGUUCUUACCGGUCUUCCUGGCUCAUACCGCCAUAAUUACCACCUAGUCAAUGGUAUUUCUCUGCCCGAAGCUCGUGCAACGGAAAAGAGCCCCAAUUCUAGUUUAAACUGGUCUUGGGGGAAUGAUGGGUUGGAGUGCGUUAGUGCAAGUACUGGCAAGUUGGAAAACGGGGAAGCUUCGCGACUUUGCAAAAGUUUGUUCUUUCAACACUUUCUGGCCAUUUGGAAGAAGAUGAAACGUAAUGUUGCAACACCAACCAAUUACCAUGAAGCCAAACAAAGUGCUGAAGACUACAAGCGUGCUUUACUCGUUUUCAAAAAGGAAUUUGAAACAAAGGAGUUAGGAAAGUGGGUUGAGAAACCGGUUGAGCAAGACGACUUUUAAACAUUAUUUCGUAAAAUUAAAACUAAUUAGUCAAAGCGACUCUAGGUUUCGGUACGUAUUUUUCGCAGAUCUCCGUUGACACAAAUUUCCAUGAUGGCUACGUUACGUCGGUCACGAUAUUAAGGAAAAUGGAUAUAUUUCAAUGCAACUUCAACGACAUGAAAACAGUGAACUUUAACUUUAAUAUUCCAAUUGCUAAUACAAGUAAUAGUCAGAAAAGCUCUAUAUUUCCAUAGCCCCAGGCCCCACUAACGCCUGUAAUAAUAUUCUUGUAUGUUUGCAUGGUCACAGUCGAUAAGUAAUUUAGCUUGUAGGUACA